UGAGGCCUUAAUACAAAAUCAAUAUUCACGACAUGCAAAAUAAUCAUCCUAUAAUUUAUACGUAGCUGUGUAUUACAAAAUUCCAUACAUUAGAUUAGUACCAAUAUUGAUGGAAUAGUAGAUAGUUUUAUAUAAUACAAUGUAUUAAUUACAAUUUCGAAACGUUAAUGAUACACAAGGUCACAACCCACACAAGACUACAAAAACUAGGUGCCAAAUAACAAAUACCAAACACUUGCUCUUCGCUACCUUUAAAAAUCAACAGAUUUUCGUUCUCUUCACUCCAAAUCCCAUACAUCCAUCUUCACUGCCAACGACAUGUCGUUUAACAGCACCGCGGUCUCCUCCUCCACUGCCUCUGCCCCAUCUCAACCGUACGAAGUAGAUGAAUGUCGUGGUGUCCUCCGCGUUUACAGUGACGGCUCCAUCGUUCGUUCCUCCAAGCCCAGCUUCGACGUCCCUGUAAACGACGACGGCUCCGUUAUAUGGAAAGAUAUCGUUUUCGACAAGGUCAACGAUCUCUGGCUCCGGCUCUACAAGCCGGCCGCGUCUCAAUCCGGCUCUAAGCUUCCGAUCUUCUUCUACAUCCACGGUGGCGGCUUCUGCAUCGGCUCGCGCACCUGGCCGAACUGCCAAAACUACUGCUUACGGCUGGCUUCGGACCUCCAAGCCGUAAUCGUUGCGCCGGACUAUCGGCUUGCGCCGGAGAAUAGGCUUCCGGCGGCUAUCGAGGACGGGUACACAGCUGUGAAGUGGCUCCAGGGCGAAGCCGAGUCGGAGGAACCGGACAAGUGGCUGUGUGACGUGGCGGAUUUUGGGAAGGUGUUCAUUUGUGGGGACUCGGCUGGUGGGAACAUGGCUCACCACUUGGCGGUUCGACUGGGAAAUGAAUCGGCCGAGUUGGGUCGGGUGAGAGUAAAGGGUUACGUUCUUUUGGCGCCGUUUUUCGGCGGAACAGUGAGAUGUAAAUCGGAGGCUGAGGGUUCUAAGGAUGCUUUUCUCAAUUUGGACUUAAUUGAUAGGUUUUGGAGGUUAUCUAUACCAAUUGGAGAAACCACAGACCACCCACUUGUGAAUCCGUUUGGGACAUUUGGUAGCAGCCUUGAGGGAGUGGCACUUGACCCAAUUUUGGUUGUGGUUGGGAGAAGUGACCUACUCCAAGACCGAGCUAAAGACUAUGCAAAGAGUCUCCAAAAUUGGGGUAAAAAGAUUGAGUAUGUAGAAUUUGAAGGACAGCAACAUGGUUUCUUCACUAUUAAUCCAAAUUCAGAACCCUCAAAAGAUUUGAUGUCUAUUAUCAAACGCUUUAUCACUGAAUAUUCUACCUAAAUUCAAUGCUUCAAACUUAAUUUAAGUGAUUUUAAUGAGUCUUGUCAUGAAGAGUAUUAUUGCGAUGUGAGCUAUGCCUUGAAAGCAGUUACAUUGUAAGUUUUGCUCAAGUGAUAAAUAAAUAAUAGUUUAUUUUGUUAAUACUCUUGCUCAUUAUAUUAAACUUUAUCUUAAAAAAAUGAUAUUAAACUUAGUAUAUAAUUUUAUGUGA